AUGUCUAAACUCGUUCAGCAUUGCUACACACCUCCAUCGGAAAUCGAAAAUGUGGCCCGAUUCUUUGCAGUUAGCCGCCAGGCCUUGCUUAAUGGUGUGCAGCUACCUGGUACCAACAAGAUCUUGAGACCUUAUCAACUUGAAGCGAUCUUCAAAGCUGUACAGAAAGUCAGUGCCCACCAUGGAUCAGAAUCUAGCGAUGGCGCUCUCAUAUGUGAUGAGACUGGUCUUGGGAAGUCGUAUGUCAUUCUAGGGGUACAAACAAUGACGCGAUUGGCUUAUCUGGUGCUUCAGCAUAGAUCUCAAAACCCUUCCAGUCACAAUUCCGACAAAGUCAUCGACCUUGAGACCACUGACCAACCAUGUCCAUCUGGAGAAUAUUUUGGGAUUGAAUGCUCUUGUGUCCCUGGCUCGUUGAGUGCAGCAUUUGCACGCACUCUUAAUGGCGGAGCCACCAUCAUGCUUUCACCUCCACAUUUGGUCGGCGAGUCGUGUGGCAAGUCAGCGCAAUAUUUUGCAAACAAUAUAUCUGGAGAAGAUGUUCUUUGCGAAACUGUAGUGUAUGGCAAAGCCGGAGCGCUAUGGCUCUGCGAGGCGAAUUCGGAAACGGGCUAUGUUGAACGCGAGGCGAUUGAUGUGCAUAAUAUCAAGGCUAUAAUGCCGGGCAAUAUGUCAUUCUCAUCGUCGCCACGAACUAGGCGGUACGACUGGGAAUCUUUGGACGAGCUGACGAAAGCAUGUGGAUGCCAGCCCGUGGUCAAUUCACCAGUACCCCGACUGAGCGGAAAUUGUGCGCGCACGUUGAUUAUUAUGAGUACAGCCGCCUUUACACGACGCUCAUUUGGCACGACGUUUUCAACAACUGUUGUAGCCGGUGACACGGAAGUCCGGCUUCUUCGCUCAUGCUGGGCAUCGCUAGUUUUUGCGGAUGAGAGCCAUUUGAUCGUGGAGCGAGAGAGCCUAUUCUGGAUGGGCAUGCGACAACUUCAAUCUAUUAAUCGCCGAUAUCCAAGGAAAGCAAGCUUUUGCUUCACAACAGCAACACCAUAUCUAAAAUCACCGAAGAGUAUCUCUGGGCCCCUGAGCGUUCUUCGUAGUAAACAGGAAGGAAUGCUAGACAAUCUCGAGAGACGGUUCAGACAGGCAAUACGAUCAAACCAACCUGAUACGCAAAACUUGAUUGAUGAGAUUGCCAAGUUUUCUCUUGGCAUCAUGAUAGCCCGAAAAACGGGAAGUAUUGUCUUUGGUAUGCCCAUUGAGGUUGGAAUUAGUGAUGUUCCUAUCAGAGACGUGAGAGUCGAUAUCCCGCCAGAGUUGGACACCACCCUACAGCCCGUGCUUGAUCAGCUACGCCAAAAGUCCGGCAAUCAGUGCAAUAGAGCUGUCUAUUUCUACUAUGCCGCCACCAUGAUGCCAGCAAUCGCUACGGCGGCGGCGAAAAUGCCGGAUCCAAGCCGGUACGAAAUACUUGCGGCCGAAGUACAGGAAGCUUGGGAACGAGGCCUAAGCGAUCCAAUGCGCCGUUUUAUUACCCAUUGCUCGAGAGACAACUGGUUCUGCAGACUUUAUGAAAUCCUCACCCAGGCAAAGGUUACCCGACGACAUAUACUGAUUGCAUGUGGUACGCCUGGGUUGGCAGCUCAUGUUGCAAUAUGUCUGAAACAUGAGGCCAGCGUAAAAGACUAUUACCAGGUUCACUAUAUCUCUAGCAAUUCGGCUGGUGGCGCAUUGAGGCGAAGUGAAACAAUUGCCACCAUUGCUGCAGAAGCCAGGCAAUCCAAGCAGCCUCACGUCAUUGUUGGCACUGCGGAGCUUUUUGGUACUGGUAUAGACAAUCUGGUUUUCUGCAACUACUUGAUUGUUAUCGGCGACAUCGAAGGGCGAUCAUCGAUGAAGCAAGUGAUUGGACGCGUCAACCGAGGGCACCAAACACUGCCUGUUCUUGUCUACCACCUACAGUCAAGCCACACAAUCCAUACCAGAGUGCGUGAGAAGAGGAAAAUAACGGCGGAGAUUCUUUUCAAAACCCGUGAUCCCUGUCUCUAA